AUGUCCGAACAUGCGCCAAGUUCCACACCGUUCAUGACUCUGAAUUUUGAGGCCCGUAAGGCGCUGGCGCGUGUCAUCCGGUUUCCCCCCCAUCUUCGACAACAAAAGCUGAUCGCAAAAAGCUUAGAUGUAGUCGUGACACACCCAUUUGCCAUUUCAGAAAAGCACAUGACUGAUACCCCAACCCCCAGGAGCACUGACAAUGCUACUCUGUCACUCAUCCUUGACCGUUUAGAACGUAUUGAGAAUAAUCGUACAGCGUCAAGUGCCAACCCUACCGCUUCAGGAUCAUAUCAUCGACAAGCUUCUGACGAGUCUGGCUCCCCAGAGCCCUACUCACCCCGAGCCCGGGAUCGAUCGAGCCACUCGGCUUCACCUCUAAGUCCACCAUCUAGGGCCGAUGCUAGGAACACACCCUAUCACGAGCGGGACAUAUUACCAUCUCUUAGGCCCCAUGGAUCUGAAGGCUCGCGCCAUCCCGCUGUGCUAGACGUUGCUGCAACUCUUGGUGACACGUUCGAUCGUGUGCGAGAGCAAAGACUUCGACGUACCAUGGGUCACAACACCAUGGCAACCGAGGGUAUUGACAUUUCUCUCGAGAAGGCACGAACCUGGAUUCACAAUUACUUCACCUACAGUCCCACUGAGACAUUUCUCAGCCUCGUGGAUAGGAAAACUGUCGAAUUAAUACCAGAUAUGCUCUUGAUGAGGCAUGUCACCAUCGACCCCUGCAUCCUCAUCAUUUACUAUGUCAUUCUGUGGCGGGGAUGCUACAUCCUGAACACGAGGUCAUACCACAGCCCAGACGGCAGAUACGCGCGGAAGCUCUACCUGUGCUGUCUUAGGACUAUGCCAUGCUGGCAGAAGGAAGCCACCGGUUCGAUCACUGAUUUUAUUGCUGCUAUCUUCAUGACCGGCAUUGCAGCAGAGUCUUAUGACUUCGAAAUGAGUCUAGAACUGCACCAAUUGGCUUGCGAGUACGCCAAAGGACUCCAGAUGCACAGUCUCGACAGUAAUGACUACUUUGUGGCCACCGGUUGUCCCAGCACUGACGAAGACCGCAAGGGCAUGUGGGAGCUCAUUCAAACGGACCUCUUCUACCACUUGAUCUAUAACAAGCCGGCGACUCUAUAUCCAAGCCUCGAUAAGUGGCAGGUAAAUUUACCAUGGCUAUCACUCGACUUACCCCCGGAGGAAGGUGCUCAGGUUUCGACGAUAUCAUUUCUCUUUCGCAGCCGACUCGCGUUCAUUCUGAUCCGCUUCUUCCAAACGCUUGAAGGACUCGAGAACGAGUCAGAAGCUGUCGCGGCCAUCGAGCCUCUGUGCCACGAGAUAGAAGUACUAUUUGAUGAAUGGGGAAUCGAAGACUGGAUCGGACGAUCAGGCGACAACCACAUGGAUCUGUGGAUGUUGGCAGGCCUGGUUCUAACCGGCUACACCUCCAUCAUUUUUAUGCUGCGGAAAGCUACUCUCCUAAACUCAAACUGCCCUGUACCAGUCUGCACCGACAACAACGUGCCCAGGACGGACUUCUCAACCCGAGCCUCGCGUCGAAUCCUCAACCUGACGUAUAAUAUGCUCCACAUCUGGAAGUUCCCCGCGGCGGAGGCAAUCUCGUACAUCCUUGGCGCCUACCGAGCGCACACCGCCUAUGCCCAUCUGGCGAGCAACGCCAUGAAUGCCCCCAGCCCCGGCGACGUGAUUGAGGAUCUGCAUUUGCUGGACCGCGUCGCCCAAGGUAUUGAGACUGCGACACAGCAAGAAAGCGAUUUUCUUCCGUUGGCACGGGAGAUGAAGAGGAUCAAUGCUCAAGUCAAGGAAAGGGUCAAUGGCACUACGAGUGCACGGAAUGCUUGA